UCAGACGUAUCAAUGAAACUGCGAGUGUUUCAAUUGUCAAAAUCAGUUUUUUUUGUUUAAUUUCUCUGAAAUAUUUUUGCUGUAAGAUUUAACCCGAGACCAUUUCGACAAUAAAAUUAUCAUUUCCGUUAAUUCACUUGUAGGGUUAGCGAUUCGACCGAACAAUUUUUAUUCGUAAAGUAAAUAUCAUCGUCUGUGAAACGCAACUUUCUAUAAAUUUUAUUUCGCAAUUUCGAGUCAACCAAAAAGUUGAUGUUGGACUGAUAAAAGUUUUGUUGUUGACUUGUAGGAUCACAAAAAAAAUGGAUACGGAAAAAUCCAAUAGCAGUUCAUUUGAAGAUUUAAGUUUAGCCAAUGACUUGAAAGAAUCAACUGAUAAUUUACCAGCCACAAAUGCCGACACAUCAGAGAAAAGAGUCGAUGAUGUAAUGGACAUUAUUGGAACUGGACAGUUGACGAAGAAAGUACUUGUCGAAGGUCAUCCGGACAUAAAGCCACAACGGGGCGAUAUAUGCAAAAUAAAUGCGAUUGGAAAAUUGGAGAAUGGAACAGUGGUUGAGAAUCAACAGGAUCUGAUUGUCCAUGUUGGUGACAACGAAGUGGUUCAGGGUAUUGACAUGGCAUUACCGUUAAUGGGAUUGGGUGAAACUGCGGAAGUUGUAUGUGAGUCACGGUUCGCUUAUGGGACAAUUGGUUUAAAAAACGAACAAAAUCCAUCGGCAUCGAUACCACCUGGAGCGAAAGUCACUUAUACCGUUGAACUGUUAAGUUGUGAUGAAGAGGGCGACCUUGAGGAUCAAUCAUUCGAACUACGUAAAUCUAUUGGAAACCGAAAACGUGAACGAGGAAACUUUUGGUACGAACGAAACGAAAGUAAUCUGGCAAUUCAAUUGUACCGGCGCGCAUUGGAAUACUUAAACGAUAAUGGACCCGGCAUUGAGAUUCCAACCAAAAAUGAUUUUACCAAUGCUGAGCUCCAGGAAUUGCUAGAGAUUCGUGUUAAGGUCUACAAUAAUUUGGCCGCUGCUCAAAUGAAAAUAUCGGCGUACGAAGCGGCUCUAUCGUCUGUUGAAAAUGUUUUAAGAUGCCAACCGGAUAACGUCAAAGCGCUAUUUCGAAAGGGAAAAAUUCUCGAGGCCAAGGGUGAAAUCAACGCUUCGAUUCCUGUACUACAAAAAGCUGCAACACUUGAUCCCGAUAGUAAAGCCAUUCAACAAUUGCUGGGUAAAUGCAUACUGAAAUCGAAACGUGAGGCGCGCAACGAGAAAGACAUGUACCAGAAAAUGUUGGGCCAAGCCCAGAGAAUUGAGGAAAAAAACCGUCGACCGGGACGAAUGUCGAAAAAUGAGGAUGUACCGAAACUCAAACUCUGGGGAUAUUUAAUAGGAUCAAUUCUAGUUGGUGUUGCUGGCGUGGCUAUGUACAGAUACAAAUAUUUUUAAUGAUUUUUUCUUGAAACCUCUACGACAUUUUCGUUUGCAAUUGGUUUAAAAAA